UGGAGAAGAAUGUAUAGUGCUUCCAGAUAACCUUCAGCUUUUGCAGAUCCAUAACUAUAAAACAUGAGAAGCAGCUUAAACAAAACAGCUUUGUUAGAAAAUGCAUCCGAGUUGGGUCUUUGUAUUAUUAGUGAUUGUGAAGAGACAGAGUAUGUGGUUAACUUAGACUCAUCCUCCUCUUCAGCAUGUAGUUCACUAGUCAAUAAGCUUGAAGAUCUGUAUCUUUGGGAUUUGCCUAGGUUGUGGGUACUCGUGAGAGUGGAAGGAGUAGCAACACCACCACGCUUCUUUUCCAAUCUGAAGACACUUGAAAUAGAUGGAUGUUCAGGAAUAAGGCAGUUGCUUCCACUUGAGCUACUGCAGGCCCUCCCAAACUUAGAGGUGAUUUGGGUUAUUGGUUGUGAACAAAUGGAGGAGAUAAUAGCCUCAUCAAAUUUAAAUGCAUCACCAGAUAAAUUCACUUUCACUUUUCCCAAGUUAAGGGAUUUUCAUUUGUCAAACUUACCCCAAUUGAAAAGCAUCUGUAGUGCCAAUGGAGUCAUGGUUUGUGAUUCUAUUGAACGAAUUUGGAUAACAAAAUGUCCUGAGUUAAAGAGAAUCCCUGUGCAACUUCCCCUGCUUAAUAAUGGCCAACCAUCUCCUCCUCCUCAUCUCUCAAACAUAACGAUAGAUGGACGUUCAAAAGAAUGGUGGGAAUCAGUGGUGGAGUGGGAUUAUCCUAACGCUAAGAACAUACUCCAACCUUUCUUGGAAUUAGUUGAUUAUUGAAUGAUAACUAUAGAGCAAUAGAUGUGUGUAACUAAUGAGUCGCAUGCAACCACCAUAACAUGUGGCAGUUAAGGCCUUUCCUCUACAAAACACGACCAGAAAGCCGAUGUAGGAGAAAGGUAUUCUAGAAGAGAUGAGAUUGAGAUACAUCCAUCCUUUGUCUCAUGUCUCAUCAACUCCAAUAAUGAUCUUUUAUCAAGCAAAGGCAACUUCUCUUGGUGGAGCAGCAAAGCAAAAGAAAAAUGAGACUUAGCUAGGGCCAAUACUCCUUGAUUUGAUUGACAAUAAUCUUGUUUUUGUUUCAAUUUAUGUGUCUUUUAUUUAUUGGAUGGACUUGGUUUAGUGCUGUUUUUAUUUGGUAAUUUGUUUUGUGUUGUAAUUAAGUUGUCAAGCAUGUUGUGUUAAUUGGAUUUCUACUCUGUUAUCAAUUUGAAAUGUAAUUUUUGUAAUACCUUCCGUGUUUGAUAUAUU